ACUUUGAAAAGCUGAUCCGGAUGUGUGUGCUCUCCUCUCAGUAACUUCAUUUUAGUAAAACUAGCUCCUCAUGAUUAGCCACGUCAUGUAAACUUAGCAGUGGAGCAUUUCUGGUUUAAGAGCAACGAGGGGUCGCGUUUUUGGGGGGAUAUUAGUUAAUUCUAAAGCGUAUUUCAGGGUUAUAAUCUAUCAGAAACCCUAUGGAAAGAUGUCAGACAUCGGCGACUGGUUCAGAAGCAUCCCGUUCAUCACCCGGUCCUGGUUUGCUGCCUCGAUCGCUAUUCCCUUUAUAGGGAAAUUUGGGCUGGUUGAUCCCAGGAACCUCUUGCUGGCGCCGGAGUUAUUCUUUAACAGAUUUCAUCUCUGGAGACCAGUGACAGCCACCCUAUAUUUCCCAGUAUACCCUAAUACUGGGUUUCUGUACCUUGUCAACCUGUAUUUCCUCUACCACUACUCCAGUCGGCUAGAGACAGGGGCGUUCGAUGGCAAACCCGCAGAUUACAUCUUCAUGCUCGUCUUCAACUGGCUCUGCAUUGUUAUAACUGGGCUGCUGAUGAACAUGCAGUUGCUGAUGAUCCCGUUGAUCAUGUCAGUACUGUACAUCUGGGCUCAGUUCAACAAAGACACGAUUGUGUCCUUCUGGUUCGGAACAAGAUUCAAGGCACAUUAUCUACCUUGGGUCAUCCUGUUCUUCAACUUCAUCAUCGGAGGCUCUUUUGUGGAUGAACUGGUCGGGAACCUGGUGGGUCACCUGUACUUCUUUCUCAUGUUCAAAUACCCCAUGGACCUGGGAGGACGCUCGUUCCUCACCACACCAGAGUUCUUGUAUCGGUUCUUCCCUAACAGGAGGGGAGGGGUGUCGGGCUUUGGAGCUCCUCCAAGCAGGAGACCAGCUGCCCAGGAGCAAGCGGGCGGAGGAGGAGGAGGAGGAGGAGGACGCCACAACUGGGGCCAAGGCUUUCGUCUGGGGGGUGAAUGAGAGGAGGAGAAAGCUACGCCCCCACCCUGUUUGCUCCCGAUACAAAUGGCUGUGCAGUUGAUAUUUCAGGUUAAAAUGCUUGCUGCUUCACAUUCUUCCCUGUUUGAGGGAAUUAAAAACCCUGACUUUAAUUUGACUGACUUUAAUUCACAUUCACGUUUCGUUUUAAAGGAUACAACAAGAUGAAAUUUGAGGAAGCAUGCAUUUUAACCACUAAAGCACAGCAGGACUCAAGAGCCUGGCUCAAGUCACCAAGUAAAGCCAGCUAUACUAUUACUACUACUGUCCAUGUGAAGCAGAUAGAAGGAAAUAAGAAUAAACAGAUUUUUUUUUUUUUAAUGCGAUGAUUCUUGAGCUUUCCCCUUUUUCUUUCUGUCUUCUCCUCCAGCUACCCUUCCCCUUUUUUUUCCCCGCACCCUGCCAUUGGACUGUCAAGGCAGGAGAUGCUGCAGCUGCACACCAGCACUCUGUUGGUUUCAGCUCUUGUGUUCCUUUCCCUCCUUUCUCUCUCUCUCUCUCUCUCUCUUUGAGGCCGUAUCAGAUUACUUUGUAAUUACCAACGUACUGGGAGUGUGCUCUCAGACAUCCCUCUGCAGAACAUGGGCAAAGCUAUUUAGAGAGCGCUGUUUCCAGGUCUGAAUUUACAUGGGUGUAAAAUGUUUUCUAAGCCUCUGUGGCGCAGACCUCAUCUUUCUGUCCUAUGAUCUGAUCUUCAACAAAAUGAGGUAAAGAUGGGGUUUAGCUCCUUUUUGUUUUUGUAAAUAUAACAAUUGUUUAUUGAAAGGA